GAUACUCUUGAGGCUAUUGGUAACAUGGGAGAUGAGAGACUUGUUGAUAAAGUUAUCGAGGUUGCUGAAAAGUUCCCAGACAACCCAUCGAUCCAAACUGCAGCGAUACAUGCUCUCAGAGCCCAAUUUGGGCUUUUGCGUGUGCAACAAUGGCUGAAGAAAGCGAUGCAGAACGGAGAUUGUGACCUAAAAGAAAAUGCCAUGAACACUCUCAGAGAUAGAAUCUCGAUUGAUUUCCUCAAUGGUGUGAAGGGCAAGUGGCCUCUUUAUCACUUUACAGCUUUUGAUGAAUGGCUAGAGGAUCUUUUCUUAGAUGGAAAUGACACGGAAUUCGAGUGUAUCUUCUCAGAUAUGGAGAAAUAUUUCCAGGACAAGCUUGAUCCUGAGGCGAAAAAAGUACUGCUGAAAUAUAAAGGAAUCAUUCCGAGAAAGGUGGAGCAUUCAUCGUGUAGCUACUGGAAUGAUUUUGGUGGAAGAUACAAUGGAAUCCAAUCAGCAGGUACAUUUCUCUCUGACAACCAAAGAUAUAAUCACAAUGCCCAUUGCCUGGCUCAUUUCAGCGUUGGUGGGAGCAAAGCAAUUGCGCAUUUAAAGACAGGAGCAUUUGCAGGACGCCAUUGUUGUGCUUGCAAUUUCAAGGUGUUUGCCAAAGCCUAUGGAUACGGUUACGUCUACGGAAAAUACUUGUCAAUCGGUACUGUGGAGUUCUAUGCAUACAAAUACUAUUCCACUUUCGAAUUGCGAGGAUAUGUUCGAGUAGGGGGUAAAACAUUCCUCGACUACAGGAACAGGUGUUGCCUAAAUGGGUUGGUAUAUUCAAGAACCUGGACAACACCAAGCUUUGGAUGGCGGAUCACUGUCUACAGGAUCCAAGUAUUCAUAUUGAAAAUCGACUUGGGCGUUGAUAUUAGGCCUUAUUUCUCCUUUACACUUAGGACGUCACUGUGGACAAGUUGUGGUAUUGAUGCUUAUGCAAAACCAAAGGCUCAUCUAAGGAUAUCUGGUGGUGUAUCUGUCAGUCUUUGGCUUAUCCGAGGAGGUAUAGAUCUUGGAGUGAACCUCAACUAUUACAUCAGGGCUAAUGCUAAGGCUGCAUAUCCUAACCAAGCAUGUGCUGGACUUUACCACGGCUACGAUAGUCAAUCAAUAAGCGUCAGAGCCUGGUACCAGAGAAAGUAUUUGAAUAAACACGGUACCUGGAGACCAUGGAAAUGGAGUUGGGACUGGACAUCGAGAAGGUAUUUGACCUUAGCAUCGUGGAAUGUAGGAGGUGUGUCAGAGAACAAGAUUUGGUAUGGAUGUGUGAACUAAGCAACAAUUGAAACAGGACCAAGAAUGAUUACAUUGCUGACAUUUCAUGUUCAGAUUAUUGACAUAUAUCAGAAAUAAAUGCUACACGCUUUUAAA